UACCCUUAUUUGGAUGCUGGUGUGGACUGUGCCUAGUCUGAAUUUGUCUGAUUUCUUUUUUUAUCUCUAUGGAUCCAUUCUUCAUUCUGGCCCUGGCUCUUUCAUCAAAACCCAUGAUUUUUAUCAAUCCUCCAUGGACCACUUUCUUCAAAGGGGAAAAGGUGCUUCUGACAUGCAAUGGAUCAAAUUUCUAUGCACCAGGAAAGACAAAAUGGUACCACAAGGGGGAAAUGCUCCAAGAAACUUCUGGAAACAACAUAAGGGUUAAUAGUUCUGGAACAUAUAAAUGUACGACUAACAAUUCACGCCUUAGUGACUCUGUAACCUUGAUCUUUUCUCCAGUUCUUUUGAUCAUGCGGAUUCCAUACCCUGUAUUUGAAGGAGACAGUCUGAUUCUUCGGUGCCAGGAAAAAGAUAACAAUACUUUGACCCAGGUGACAUACUACAAGAAUAAAAAAAAAAUUUCUGCUUUUAAUCAAAACUCAUAUGUCUUUAUCCCACAAGCAAGAUUAAAUGAUAGGGGUCAAUAUUCCUGUACGGCAUUCAAACAUAAAUCAUGGAAGAUUAUUUCAAAUGAAGCGGUUCUCUACAUCCAGGAGCUGUUUUCACAUCCAGUUCUGCAAACAACAGAUUCCCAGCCCAUAGAGGGGAGUGCGGUGACUCUGAGGUGUGAAAUCCGGAUCCCUCCACAGAAAUCAAAUAUCCAACUUCUCUUCUCCUUCUUCAGAGAACCUGGAAUCAUGCUAUUGGGCCAGUCUAGAGCUGGAGAGUUCCAGAUCUCAAAAUUCUGGAGGGAAGACUCAGGGUCUUACUGGUGUGAGGUAGAAACUGUGUAUCCUCGGGUUUACAAACAAAGUCACCCGAUAAUGAUGAGUGCAAGAAGAAUCCCCAUCACUGGAGUUCAUAUAGAAGUGCAACCUCAUGGAGGGCAUGUGAUAGGAGGGCAGAAGCUGGUUCUUCUUUGCUCAGUAGCUGAAGGCUCAGGAACUAUUACAUUCUCCUGGCACAAAGAAGGCACAGAAGCCAUUCUGGAGAAGAAGAUUCAGCACUCUUUGGUAGCAGAGUUCACAAUUUCUGCUGUGAGGGAGAAUGAUUCUGGGAAAUACUAUUGCACAGCUGACAACAAUAGCAGCCUUAUUCCCAGUCAUUCUGUGAGCAUUACUGUAAAAAGGAAUGGAAGGGGCUCACUUAUAGCAGUAAUCACCGUAGCUCUGGGCAGUGUUCUUGGUUUUAUUGCUGUUGCUCUUCUGGUUUACUUCAAGCAUCAAAGGAAAUCAGGGCAAGAUUUUUCUACAGACCUGCCCAGGAGUCUUCCUAUCCAAAUCCAAGGAACUAUGGAAUCAAAUGCAUGUACACAGUUGAAACUGCAAGAAAUACAUAGUGAUGAGAUGCCAGUUGUUGAAGAUGUGAUCUAUUCAGAAGUCUGGAGUACACAGCAGGGAAAAGAAGAGGCGGAAGAUGCCUCAGAAAAGCCUCCACUUGACAAGGACUACUCAGUCAUCUACUUGGUAGUGAAGAAGGCAGAAACUCAAGGAGACUCAACUGGGAGUUCCCAGAUUGUGAAUGGGAUCAAUGGAGAUACUACAGAUGGCUUUAAAAAUGUCCUACUUUCUUGAUCCAUCCAGAGCUUCGGUUUCAUGUUUGGCACAUUCUUUAAAGCAGAAGAAAUAUUUGUAUUAUGUAUGGCUUAUUGGAAUUCUUUUGUAAUAGAUUUUUAAUGGUUUAUCAUAAUUUUUUUCUUUUUGUAUGUUGAGCUAAUAGUUUUCUUUGAAGUACAGCUGCUUGUAGUCUCAUAAACUUGUUUUCCAAGAAUGUAA